AUGAGCAACGUUUACCACAUUCGGAUGUGAACGCACGGAAACAACACGCUGAAAUCCUCCGCCUCUUCCUCGUCAGUUUACAUACGGACUUUACCCCAAACACUGGAAAUACAGUAAACCUGUGUCAUUUGACGCUCACGCUCGUCCCAACCCUAAUGUAAACUAAUCUUAACGAUGAAUCAAUUAAAGCGUCAUUUCUGAGAACCGGGUCAUAGAAAACAGAAAGGAACUCUUCGCCGGGAAAGGAUAUAGAUUGAAAGCAGGGAGGAUUAAUGGUGGAUUAUGGCAGUCGAGCGAAAUUUUGGUAAGUGCAGUUUUGUGCUGACUCUACUUGGAUUUCUGCUGUACCUGACCGACAUUGGGACCGAUCUCUGGGUUGCUGCAAUGUACCUUAAAGACGGACACAUUGUGUGGUGUAUUCUGGUGGUGUCUGUGAUGCUGGUCUCUGCUAUAAUCCUGCAGAGUUUCAGCUGGUCGUGGUACAAAGAUGAUGAGAACAGUUCAGAUGGAUGUCACGGUCCGCACGCCCGAGGCUGCUGUUCGUGGUUCGGUGUACUGCAUGUUUUCCAGAUGGGCGUGCUGCUACGGUUUAUAGAGGCACUUAAAUAUGGAUACAAGGCAGCAUUCAAAAAAGAGGAGACCACCUUGCUUGCCAUAUACUCAGCUACAGAUUUAAGCAUGUUACGAUUGUUUGAGGCAUUUUUGGAAGCAGCACCUCAACUUGUUCUUCAGGUCUUUAUUCUGCUGAUAUGGGAUGAUAGAGAAAAUAUUCAGUAUGUGUCUGUGAUUUUGUCAUGCAUGAGCAUUUCAUGGGCUACUUUGGACUACUAUGCAGCACUAAAGAAAUCUUUACCUGACCACUCAACACUAAUUUGUGGAUUCCCUUAUUUGCUGUACUUCUUCUAUAAGUUGUUGACACUAAAUGCAAGAAUUUUGCUCAUAACCCUUCUGACUACGAUUAAUAUCAACAUUAUGAUUGUCUACUUGUUUGUUUCAUGGCUGAUCAUGAUCAUCUGUGUCUGUGUGCAGAAGACCAAGUUUUGUUCAUCCAAAAUCCAGGAAGGCAUUUACCGGGCAGUGGUUGCCAUCAUCUUAGUUUUCACCUUUUUCAACAUAAAAGAUAAGAACACGAGAAUAAUUAUGCCGAUCUAUUAUGUAUUUAGAUUUGUUGAAACUGUUGCAGUACUUGCCAUCUGCUGGCUUCUGAAGGAUUUUAUAGAUGUUAAAAACUACAGUCUCCCUGUUGGUUUUACCAUUGUGUUCUCACUAAUUCUAGGGAUCAUUUGUCUUGUACUGUACUACAGUUGUUGCCAUCCAACUGGUAGAGACUUUAAUCAUACUGACAAUGCAGUACAAUUACCCCUAUCUUGUGAUGAAAUUGAUGGAUACUCAACUGAAAAAAAUUCAACAAUUAUACUGAAGAAUAAAAAUGAAAGUAGCAUUAUGAUAAAUUCAGCAGAUACUAAAUCUGGAAAUAUAAAUUAUAGAAUAAAAAAAUGUUUAAGCAUUUAAUUUUGAAUAAACCAACACUGGAAUGAACUUGACUCUCCUCUACAGAUGGAAGUUGUUAUAUUUGGUGUUUAAAAAAAACAUUUUACACAUCAUCAUUUUUCCAUUGGAUUGUAUUUCUAAUUUAUAAGGUAUAUAAUCCAUAGAUGGAAAAUGAACAAGUUUUUAAAAUGAAGCUCUACCUGUCAAUUUAGGCAUAUGUUAUAUGCAUCGUUUACGAAAUAACAGGGAGCUUUCUGGACAGCAAGGGCUAAAGUAACUCUUUGCUCAACCAAGGUAAACAACUGACGGUUGCUCAUCUCAUUUUGGGAUCUUGUGUAGCAUUUCUUUGCAUAAUAAUCAAAGCAUGGUGACAGGUAACUGGAAAAUGAAAUGCUUUGCAAUAUGGCAAUGUGCUAAAUAAAUGCAAUUCAAAGGAUGGUGGCAAUCCAUUUAAUAGAUUAUAAAUACCCUUCUGCUGUUAAUUUUGAAUAGAGAUCACAAAUAUGCUUUAGAAUUGAUAAGCUGUAAAUAUAAUUUUUAGUGGCCAUGCAAAGUACAAACACAGGUAAAGGUGCAAUUUUCCACUGUGGCUGCUUUGAAUCUGUACAGAAAACCUAUUGUUUUUUUUUUAAAGUACAGGUCGACCUUCACUAAUCCGACUAACUGUAAUUCGGUUCCUUCGAUAAUCCAGCACUGAUUACGCUUAAUGUGAUCCUUCUGUAAUUCGGCAUUUUCAUUAACCCAGCACUGCUCAGAUCCCAAUGGUGCCAGAUAAGUGAAGGUCGGCCUGUAUUCUGACUUUAUUGUACAAUGUUAUUAUCAGCACCACUGAAAUAAUAAUUUAUUUUAAUAAACAAGAAAGUAAAACUUGAAUAUUGCAAAUAUGUUUGGUCUGAAGUAGAGAUUUAAAAAUGAACUGGAAAAUAAGUAGCCAAAUGAAGAGGUAAAUUUAGCAAAUAAUGAAUAAAAUAAUACCAUGCAUCACAGAGUUCUCUCUCCAAUCAGUCAGAAAGCUAUUUAGUGGUUGGAAUUUUGAAUUGACUUACC